UAAAAGUUAAAAAAGGACCACAAUUUGGCAUUGAAAGGUGUUUUAUAAGCUGCAGCUACAGUGUGCUGUACAUCAGUUGGUGCACGCAGUCGUCACUGUGAAGUUAGCUACUCGUCCCUUCUGUAGAUUGUCUUGACUGCUUGAUGAAGAUGAUGAUGCGAUCUGUUCCCGUCUUCGUGUUUCUAGGCCUCUUGGUCUUCCAGGUCGCCCUUGCCUGGCCGGAGCGUCGCACCUUCGACGAGUUUCCAGAACAAAAGCGUAACGAUGAGAGCAAACUGAUGGAUGAGCUGGUCUCCCGCCUUCUAGACAACAAACGAGGUGCUCUCAAGCCAGCUUGCGGUAAAGAGAAGGAUUUCGAGUGUUGGGAUGUUGGUUGUUUUGUUCUAAUUGGAAAAGAUAUAGACGUGUUUAUCGACUACUCGCCCAUCGGUGGGUUGUAUGUUUCACUUGAAUACUACAAGAACGACUAUGACAUGGAAAUCCUCAUCGACGAAGAACUGAAAGCGUCCGAUCUGUCCGAAUUGCUUCCAUACUCCAAGAAGUUCAAAUACAAGAGAAAGGUUUUUACGUUGACCAUCCAAAACAUCGUGCUUGGAGGAGAAGACUCGGAUGCAGUCAUAACUGGGGUGUGCCUGGAGUAAUGACACAGACUACACCGCAGCCGUAAAGAAACCGACUAUUGGACCAGGAACCGACCAUGCAUUUGAAUGGGAUUUCUUGAGUUUUGUUUUAUGAGUUUUGGGAUUUUUUCUAUCAACAGCCUUAGAUUCUUACAUUAGGUAUUCAUAUACUUAUCGUCACUGAUAUUCUCCGGGGCUCGUUCUUCCACUAAAUUUCUUGUACCAAACCACCUGCGUUUUUAUCAGCUUUGGCAUUCUUUCCUUUCAUCAUAAAUCUAGUAAUUCGUAACGU